UCCUCCCAUCAGCUGCCAACGGCACGACUCGCGCGACUCGCGCAUCCCUUCCGCAAUGAACUCCUCCUCGAGGGGCCGCGCCGGCCUUCCGUACGAGUAACCCGCGCCCGGAGAGUUUCCCUUGACCAGUUGAAAGAAAACGAUCUUCCAUCGCCGCGAGCAUCGAUAUCGGAGCUCUACGUAGUUCUCGUGUUCGUGUCCCUCGGCCGGGAACAGCCGGGAAGAGUCCUAGUGCAACGUCAUCGACUCCUCUCUUCGCGUCAUGGAGUACGCGCUAAUCAAGGACAUCCGUCCCGGGCAGAAAAACAUUAAUGUGGUGUUUAUCGUUCUCGAAGUUGGACACCCUACGGUCACCAAGGAGAACCGCGAAGUUCGAACUUUCAAGGUGGCCGACAGCACCGCCUGCAUGAACGUCUCCAUCUGGGACGAGCCUGGCCAGCUCCUCGUCCCCGGGGACAUCGUCAGGCUCACCAAGGGCUACGCCUCCGUCUGGAGGCAGUGCCUGACCCUCUACUCCGGGAAGACCGGCGACAUACAGAAGAUCGGCGAGUUUUGCAUGGUCAUCAACGAGCAGCUCAACAUGAGCGAGCCCAACCCUGCGCUUGCGCAGCAACUCAUCUCCCAAGCGACACCCGCGACCCCUGUCGGCGUCAACAACGCCGUCACCAAUAACGGCAACGCCAACAACCUCCCCGCGAACACCGCCCGACAACCCCUCGCCGCGCAGAGCAACGCCGUGGCGCCAGCUGUCGGCGCCGGCGGAAGCUCCGCGGCCACGAAGACCGGAAAUGGCGGCGGGGGUGGUGGAGGCGCCACCGCGGCGGGACUUCCCGGAGGCUCCGCGAGGUUCACCGGGGAGACCGGGACGAAAUCCACUUCCUCGGCGAAGGGAAGUGCGAGGGGCCGAGGUAAUUACCGAAACGGCGGGAGGAACGAGCGCAGAUAACAUCGGACCUCGCCCGAAGAGCCUAACCUCUCUUCCACUGUAAAAAGCACGUAAUCGUAACCCGACGCGGACGAGCGUUGUGUAAUAUACAAUUUAUAUAUAUACAUUAAUGAUUAAUUACUAUAGUAAUGGGGAGUAAAUGGAUGCGAGUUUUCCAACGGCGGAUCUGUUGCCUCAAUUUGGUUUCGGGUAAGAUUAUGGAUAUUAAUUCUAGCGUAGUGUGUUGUGUCGAGAAGGGGUGGACGAAGAGGAACGACGAAUCGUGUGGGAUCUUUCUGAAGAACCAUCACAAGUGGAUCGUAGAAAUUUCUCACUGACUGCGAUGCCCUGUGUAAUUGUAUAUUGUCUGGGUUAACUGCGAAUAAUUGUAUAUUGAACGGAAGAUAUGUGGGAACGAUUGUGCACUCUCAUUAAGAGUAAACAAGGUCGGAUUUUA